AUGUUCAUUUUGCGCCGGUCUCCUCAUGCCCCUUCGAUAGGCGAUGUUGCGCGCUACGGAAACGGCCGCUUGGUUACGGGCAUGUUACUGUCUUUCUGGGAGUGCUUCAAUGACAGCGUCUUAGCCCUAGCCUUGCUGCCGCAGCUGCAAAUGUUCUACAGCAGAAGGCCGCGAAAAGUCACAAAUCUUUUGGGCACUUUCGUCGCAAUGCUCUUCUGUGCAAGGACUCUGGCGUUCAUUUACUGGCUGUCGUUCCCUCUUUUCCACAGGAGUCAGCCAACGGGUCGUGGCAUUCACCUGGCUACUGAGGCUCUUAACAUUUUGAUUUUGUUGGAUUUCCUCUAUUAUUACGUCAGGGCGAAACUAUCUGGCCAAGAAGACAUCGCCUUACCGAUUUAA